AUGGCGAGUGGGCGGCCAGAGCUGAAGAGGAGUUUCUCCAUAAUACCCUGCUUCAUCUUUGUGGAGUCAGUACUUCUGGGUGCCGUGGUGCUUCUCGCCUAUCGCCUGGAAUACACAGACACAUUCCCAGUGCACAUGCAGGGCUUCUUCUGCUAUGACAGCGCCUAUGCCAAGCCCUACCCGGGGCCUGAGGCUGCUAGCCGUGUCCCACCAGCCCUGAUCUACCCCCUGGUCACUGCGGGGCCUGCCAUCACGAUACUACUUGGAGAGCUUGCUCGAGCCUUCUUCCCAGCGCCCACCUCAACUGUGCCAGCCCUGAGGGAGAAGACUAUCGUGUGUGGGGACUGCUGCCGCUUCAGCCCAGCCCUCAGAAGGCUGGUCCGCUUCCUGGGUGUAUACUCCUUUGGCCUCUUCACCACAUCCAUCUUUGCCAAUGCUGGACAAGUGGUAACAGGGAAUCCUACCCCACACUUCCUGUCUGUCUGCCACCCCAAUUAUACGGCUCUGGGCUGCCCACCACCAGCCACAGACAAGCCUGGACUGGACCGGUAUGUCACAGACCAAGGGGCCUGUGCGGCCGGCAACCCUGCCUUGGUUGCAGCUGCCCGACGUGCCUUCCCCUGCAAGGAUGCAGCCCUGUGUGCAUUUGCAGUCACCUAUACGGCGAUGUACGUCACACUGGUAUUCAGAGUCAAGGGUUCCCGGCUGGUGAAGCCCUCGCUCUGCCUUGCCCUCCUCUGCCCAGCCUUCCUGGUGGGGGUAGUCCGUGUGGCUGAGUAUCGGAACCACUGGUCAGAUGUGCUGGCUGGAUUCCUGACUGGGGCAGCUAUUGCCACCUUCCUGGUCACUUGUGUUGUGAACAAGUUCCAGAACCGAGUGCCCCUAAACCCAAGAGCAUUCAGAUGGGAGGGUCUGGGCCCAGUGCCUGCCAUUGAGAAUCCCCUUGAAAAGUUAAAUUCAGCCCAGGAGCCCAAGACCACUGCACCCCCGCUGCAGCCUGCCCGCCUCACCCCACCCAAAUUGCAGAGCUGUACCCGUCGGGGCCACCUGAUCCCCAGCUGCGUGUCUUCCCGGGCCCCCCCGAUGUGUUCUUCCCCACGUGUCCCCCGCGCUCGAGUGAGGUCUGAGCCAACAUUGCCUGCCAUGGUCCCUGGGCCCAGCCAGGGCCCCCCACCAUCCCCUGGACCAUCAGUGGCCGGUGGGGGUGGGGGUGGGGGAGGCCGGGGCCGGAAGUUGCUGCUGCCCACUCCUCUGCUGCGGGACCUCUACACCCUCAGUGGACUCUACCCUUCCCCCUUUCAUCGGGACAGCUUCAGUCCCUACCUGUUUGCUAGCCGGGACCACCUGCUGUGA